AAGUCAUCAGUCUACAAACUCUCGAGAUCACUGGAUGAACAUGUCUAUAUAGAUUACAAUCCACGUGUGGUUAUUUUAUGUUCAACUAACAUUAGCCAACUAAUUACUGUUUAAAAUGCCGUUAGUGAUAAUAUGUGGAUUACCGUGCAGUGGUAAAACCAAGAGAACAAAUGAAUUAAAGGAAUAUUUAUGUGAAAACGAGCCAAGUCGCUCCGUGCACGUAGUGACAGAUGAUCCGGCUACUCUAAAGAAUGAUGUUUAUUCUGAUUCACAGAAAGAAAAGAUAUCCAGGGGCAAUCUGAAAUCUGCAGUACAGAGGUUACUUAACAAGGAUGAUUUUGUAAUUCUUGAUUCACUUAAUUACAUAAAAGGUUUUCGAUAUGAAUUAUACUGUGUAACAAAAUCCUGCCAAACUCCACAUUGUGUUGUGUUAUGUGAUAUAAGUCCAGAGAAGGCAGCUAAACUGAAUGAAGAUAGAGAUAAAUCAGAAAAAUAUGAAACAAAUAUAUUUGAAGGUUUAGUACAGAGAUUUGAAGAGCCUAUAUCUACCAAUAGAUGGGACAGUCCAUUGAUAACAGUUCAAAGUGAAGAUACAUUACCCUGUAAAAAUAUCUGUGAUGCUGUUCUAAAAAGAAAACCUCCCCCACCGAAUAUGUCCACACAGUGUCAACCACUAUCUUCUACAAAUUUCCUUUAUGAACUUGACAAAAGAACACAAGAAAUAGUAAAUGAUAUUAUGAGUAAUCAGAAGUUAAGUGUAGUAGGUGAUUCUAUAUCAAUAACAGGUGCAACAGAUACUAUACAAUUUAAUAGAAAUUUCAGUUUAGCAGAACUACAAAGAUACCGACGACAGUUUAUUACAUACAGCAAGAUGCACCCUGUUGAUGAUGCCAAUAAAAUAUCUAACAUGUUUGUGCAAUAUUUAAACAAGAGUCUACAGUGAUGAUAUAUUAAUGUUUUUAUGUGAUAUACUUGAGAAAUCGAAACAUUGUUGGAUCACUUGUCCUUUCCGGUGAUCCCAGUCUCUAAAUGACAUUUUGGAGCUUAGUGGACGUCGGAAUAUUGUGAUUAGUUGCAUGGAACUCUUUUACAGAAUAGUGACUGUUGAAUUAAACUGUGGAAUUUCUAAUAAUAAUUGCUUCCCCCAAAAUGUUCUUGUAAUAGGAACACAAUUUUAACAACCAAUACAAGUUGAUGAUCUGGCAUGUAUCAAUGUAAGUUUUGAGAUGACAAAAUGUGUGGCAGUUCGAAUGACUGUAAUUGACAAAAGUCAUACGAUCAUGGUUUGAUUUCUUCUGACUACUGAAGGUGUUGACAGUACACUAUGAAGGACGUAAAAUUAUACCCAUCUCGCAAAGCAUAAUCAAAUGACGCUUUGUUUUUCAGUAGUUGUAUUAGGUGUUCUUCAAAUGUAUAGAAAUAGAAUGGGAUUUAACAUCCAAAUUUGUCGACACUGACGGGCAUUCGUUAUACAGUGCGCUAUGGGGGGAAUUUUGCCCAGACAGCGGCGCUACGGCCUAAACAAAAAGGUGAUGUUUCACACAAUCUUCAGUGUGAAACCCUAAUAAGUAUUUCUGCCACAAAACCAACGGGUGAAUGUUCCUUCACUAGGGAUUUCUAACCGAACGCAACAGUGCCAGGUAUGUCACUACGUUUUAGCAUGGACCGUAUAUACGGCCCAUGGUUUUAGCCAUUAGGCAUUUCUAACCGAACGCAACAGUGCCAGGUAUCUCACUACGUUUUAGCCAUUUUAAUUAAAAAUUAAAAAAGUCUUAAUAUCCCCAAACAAUCUUUGCUUUUUCUUUUGCCCAAGCGACAAACAGGCUAAAUCCUUUAGUAGAUCCAACCAGAGUUUGCUGUUUGUCUGUUAUGUUUCUUGUUUCUCAACAUGACACAAAGACUGAAUUCAAUGAACAGUAGUAUGUAUGCUUGAAUUAUCGUGGGAAAUCUAUCAACUUUUUCUUAUUGAAAGCUAAAUUGCUUUAUCUACCACACAGUCGUCUUCCCCUCUAACUCAUUUCAGAUGUAAUAAAAGCAAGUAUGUUCCCCAGAUACCGGCUAGUCGUUUCUUACUGACAUUUGUUCCGUUCCAAUUAUAAAAAUUUGGACACGAUGGGAGCUGCUAAUCUAUUCCUGAUAAGAUUAUUGUA